GGCUGGCGGCAGGCUGCAAGCACCAUCGAAGGAACCCUGCAAACAAAAGGAGUGAAGGAAGAGCGAGUAGCUCCAUCCCAGCGUAGUUGCUGGUGGCUGCUCAACUCAACUCAACACACAGUCGUCGUCGUCGUCCAUCACACAGUGUGAUUAUUCCAGAGUGUAGGAAAAGUUUCCGGGCCGUGAUGCGGUUUGUUGGCGCUUGAAGAUUUAGCAUAUUUUACAAAUAUACAACAGUGUGCAAAGCUGAAACCUUUCAAGUGAAGCUAGUUUUUAGGCAAAAAAAACCCUUCUACAAAAGGGGGUAGAGUGGUGUGUGUGUCUGUACUUAAUUUGCAACCAGAUUAAGAAAGGAUAGCGACGACCCUUUGGGAGAAGGGAACAGAAGUGUGAAAAUGGUGCCGAUAAAGGGGAUUUAUCUGGCACUGCUAGUGUUGGUCGCUAGUAGCAGUUUCACCACUAACCAGGUGAAAGGAGAUAAGUACGAGGAUGAGGACGAUUACUACGACUCAAGAGAACGUGUCCUGGAGACAUCGUAUCACGGCUUAAUCAAAGAGAAUGAAACAUUCGUCGAAAUUACGCCGUUAAUCAAAGUCGACGAAACGAAAAUAUGUGGCUUUCACAUAAUCAAAAAGAAUAAGGAGAUACCGUUCCAGAUCGAGCUAGUCAACGAACUGGGCAUACUGAAGGCGAAAAAGUCGCUGAACUGCGAAAAGCGCAAAAACUACAAGUUCGACAUCACGGCGGUGUUUUGUGAUGGAUCGCACUCCAAAAGCGCAAGCGUUCACAUCUCGGUGAUUGACAUAAAUGAAUAUUCGCCGACGUUCCUGCAGCCGUCGUACGUCACAGAGGUAGACGAAGGUCGUCUGUACCAGGAAAUCAUCCGAGUGGAAGCGACAGACAAAGAUUGCACGCCACUGUUUGGCGACGUGUGCAAGUAUGAGAUUCUCACCAGCGACCAACCGUUCACAAUCGAUAACGAGGGCUCGAUCCGGAACACGGAACCGCUGUCCCAUAAGGCGUCCCACAACCACAUUCUGUCGGUGGUGGCGUACGAUUGCGCGAUGAAGCAGUCGGCUCCGGUCAUGGUGAACAUCCGGGUACGCCGCGUGUGCGAGGCCCACGUGAUGGGAGUGGCGGAACGGAUCGACUACAGCGCCAAUUCGAUGGAAAGUGUGUCGCUGUUUCCGAAGAUUCAUCUCGAGCUGUGCGACAUGCAGUGCAAGGGCGAAGACAUGGUGAUCCAGUCGUCGGUUUCGUUGAAGACCAAGCACAUCUCGUUCGGAUGUGAUCGGGACGCAAGUCAAUGCUUGAAGAAACUGAGCGAAGAGGAACAGAUUGAAAGUGGACUAACUGAUCUGCUGCAGAAGAACACCGACUGGACGAAGGAUCUGGUUUACGACGAGGGAGCCGAAUCUAUCUUCCACUUUGACGGAAGCGCUGGAGCCAUCGUGCCGAAGACCGUUGUCAAAUCGCAGGACUUUGCCGCCCAUCAGUUCAGUAUAAUGACCAUGUUCCGCCACCACAGCAUUGCAUCGAACGACAAACACACCAAGGAGCACAUCAUUUGCAGCGCUGACGAUCACAAGAUGAACCGCCACCACAUGGCUCUGUUCGUGCGAAACUGCCGGUUGAUUCUGCUGUUGCGCAAAAACUUCAACGAUGGUGACCUGAACAUCUUCAGCCCUGCCGAAUGGCGCUGGAAGGUUCCUCAGGUGUGCGACAACGAGUGGCAUCACUACACGAUCAAUGUCGACCUGCCCAAGGUUGAUCUGUACAUCGAUGGCGUCAAGUUCGAGAGCAACAUCGAAGAUCGUCACAGCAAUCCAGAGGUCAUCGACGACUGGCCACUGCAUGCUGCCCACGGAAUCAACACCACGCUCGCCAUUGGCGCCUGCUUCCAGGGCUCGGAGAACCGUCUGAAGCACGGUUUCAGCGGUGACAUUUCCGAAAUCAAGCUGUCGAUGCGUAAAGUCCUCACUCCCAACCAGAUUCGUUGCGGCACGGAUUGCGCUGAAAAGUUGCUGCCGCCAGCUGAUCACUUCUUGGAACCAGAACAGCAAAUUCAGUCCAACACUCAGAUGAACAAGAUCAUCAUCGAGGGAAGCAACAAGAGCAACAUUGAACAGCUCCUGCAGCAAAUCCAGUACAUCAACAGCAAGGACAACCCCACGAUCGGACGUAGAAACAUCCAGGUGAUGACCACGGUCAGCUGCCCAAACAAGAAGGCGAUCCGCCUACCAAGCAUCGACACCUACAUCAUGGUAACGGCGUCAAACACCUCAACUCCACCAGUACCAUCGACAGCUACACUCUACAGUAAGAUUCUAGUGGACAAACCCCUAACCGUCGAUCAGAAACCACAAAUUGUCAUUGUCGGCAACUCGAACCACCUGGUCUCUUACCCGGACAUCAAAGACGGUGUCAAGAUUCUCGCACAAAUCAACAUCAGCAUCUACACCGGCAAGGAAAUCCGUCCCGCACUGCAAAAGCUCGACUCGUGCAACGUCAACGUGUUCCCAAGUCUGAACCCAGAUCACGAAGAGAUCACCAUUGACGACAAGGACGGCACCGACGAAUCGCUCUUCAAGUUCGACAUCAAAACCAAGAUCAGCAAAGACGGAGUCGAAAUGAUCGGAUACGACACCAUCGAAAACUACCAGCACAUUCUCAAGUCGUUGGUGUACAUCAACAAGAAACCGGCGUACUAUCUGAACCGAGUGUUCAAGCUGACCUGCUCGCAAGUGGACGAUCAUUUCCGAAGCGCAGAAUACACGCUCACGCUGACGGUGUUGCACCCGAAGCAGCAACCAUCGUCUGCGUCGACAGCACCAAGUGUACUGCUCGCCGUUCCGUCGGUCCUGCCGACCACCUCCAGCGAUGGACAUGCGGCAGUCGCCGCGGACUCACACGAUACCAACCAGUACGCGCACGCGAUGCUGCACUCGCACGACAUCCAAGAGUCGCAGUCCCGGGUGCACAACCUGGCCCACGAGAAGGCCCAACUGGCGUCCUCGCACUCGACCAUGUUGAUCGUGGUCAUCUGCGCGUCCUUUGUGCUGCUGAUCUGCGGCGUGGGGAUCGCCCGCCUGCGGAACAAUGGCGGCGGCGGGGGAAGUGGCUCGAGCAGCCACUCCCGCAACUCGCUGGACAAGCACAUGCCCUGUCCGAAGGUGGCGCCCGAGCAGCAGCUGGACUGGGACGACUCGGCCCUGACCAUCACCAUCAACCCGAUGCAGAACGACAACCUGUCGGACGAGAGCUCGGAGUCGGAAAACUCUGACUCAGAGGACGAGGAGGUCAUCAACGGACGCUACAAGAACGUUAGCCAGCUGGAAUGGGACAACUCAACAAUCUAAAUGAAUAUAUCAAAAAUUUUAAAUUAUGGAAAAUUUAUUGCAUAUUUUAAAAUUAAUAAAACAAACAAAAUGUGAAAAACAAGCAAAAUUGCCAUCCACUCUCCAAUCUAGAUACACACGUACACAAGCAAACAAUACACACACACACACACACACACACACACACACACACACACACACACACACACACACGCAAAAAUGCAAACACACUGAACAACAGGAAAAAAAUAAUUUCAAAAGGAGAAACGAACACACGUACACACACACACACACACACACGUACAGCUUAAUAUAUAUACAGUAAUAACGAGCUGCGGCAGGCCAAAGUGCCUGCCGGAACCGGAAGAUGACGAAGAAAAAAAGAAAGAAAAACGAGUUUAAGGAGAAAGGUGGUGGAAAAAGAAGAAGACGAUGAUGAUGAUGAGAACACACACACACACACACACGCGCGGACAGACCCCUGCCGGAAGGCCAGAGCGAGGCGGAAGUUGGCGCGCGGUGAGGAAAAAGUGGCGCAAGAAACAGUGUUGCCAGCUCGGUCUGCCAGGGAAGCGACACAGGAUUGAAAACGAAAACGGGAGCCAAUCUAUGCAUUAUUAACUGUAGCAAACAAUGGGGACGAUACCGAUGAUGGGUUGAGGGGGCACGGUGGGAAUAAUGUGUGUGUGUGUAAGAGUGAUUGGGAAAGAGAGAAAGAAAUGGAACAUGUGCGACUGUCCCUUAAUCCUGUGGUGAACCAGGAAAGAGGAGUUUGGUUUGCUUUAUGUCCCUUUAUGUCUUUAGAAAAAUAAUUGAAAUCUCACGAGAUGCACAAAAACAGUUCAUUUUAAUGAAUGUAACAAUUGUGGCGGAAAUGUGUCCCACUUUAGUGACCCACGAUGGAAAAAUUCAAAUCAAAGUAAACUGUCACUGAAAGCUAUUAUUUUAAUUUUCAAUCUGCUACCAACUCAUACAUAGUGUAAAAGCUCAACGCCUACUACCAAACUCGCGCAUGCACUCAAAAAAAAAAUAACCAUUUCAAAUGCUCGAUUGUUCCUGCCACACUGUAUGGUUGCUGCAUUUGUGCAGCCAUUAUUACCGCUGCAAGCCAUUGUGCAAUUUCAUAUCCGAUUAAAUGCAAACUCAACAAUCGAUUUUCCCCAUAGCCCAUUGAUUGCGGUUGCUGUUCGCGCGAUCCAACCGCGAAACUCAAACUCAACUCUCCACUCUCACUCACUCACCCUUUCUCUCGCUCGUGAUGAUGACGGUUCGGUCGGUCGGUGGUGAUUGGCGUAGUAAUUAUCACGUCCUGGUUCGCUCCUUUCCCGGUCCGUUGGAUGCUUGGGGUUUUUAUAGUUUCUCCGGGAAGCAAACUUUCUGAUUUCAACUCUAGUUUUUUUUUUUUUUGCUGAUGAUUUUCACUGCGCGCUGUUUCCCCAUCAAAUGUGGCGGAAAAUCAAUACACGUGGCACAUUUGCAUAGAGAGAAGUUACAAGUGCAGCUGGAUGUUCUGGGUUUUCCCCUUCCUCUCGAGCAUAAAUUAAAAGACGAAACUUGAUCGUUUGGUUUGGUUGAUUUUUGCCGGAGUCGAGUUGAAUUCCACUCGUUGGGGUUCCGUUUAGUUUUUAGGAAAAUUUGAUUUCAUUUGUUUUAUCAUAUGCGUAAAUAUCACAUUUAUUGGUACGUACUUAAGCAGAAUAAUACCACAUCGAUGUUUGGAGAAUCACGCACGAACAACAGAAAUACCUGCACUUAAUUAUAAAAUGUUUGAUGUAAAAAUAACAAUGUAAAGGAAAUAAUUUCAACCGAGGGUAAACUACAAAGGUGAACUUAAUCACGGUAGGCUGGAAGUGCUUCAUAAAUUUCUCCAAAAUAAUUCAAAAUAGUUUCAACUAAAUAAAAAUAACAACCUGAAAAGUUUUUUUCCGCACUUGGCGGUGGGGACGUUUCAGAUUUUACGCAAGCAAAACAGGCUACUAAGAUUUAAAACAAGUCUUCGGACACACGGUUUUACGGUGCUUGCGUGAUAUAAUCUCGUUUUUCUGUACUCAAAUUGAAAUAGAAUAUUAAAAUGAAAGUUCGCCAAAAUUUUCUACGAAGCUAACCAGUAAUGAUAGCUUCGAAGCUCUUUUUUAUAAAAAAAAAAUCUGAAAAGGCUGAAACACCGCAAAUGUACCAUGUUUUGAUCCCUACUUAAAUGUACAGCGACUUUAAAAAUUUAAUAGGGGUUCGAUCAGUGUUGUAAAUGAGUGAUAGAAAAACUUAUCAUGUGAUGGUUCCUGCACCAACCAAUCAGAGAGCAUAGCGACCAUCACUACAGUUGUGAAAACUCUUAUUUUAUCUCAUGAUUGCCAGCAGGGGCAUUCUCUUUCUAUCACUCUUUCUCUUUUCCUCGUUCACCCCCGCUCAUUGAAGAAUAUUUUGUUUUCUUGAAAAAAAUCGCAAUAAAAGAAAGCGAGAAACGGCUUUUGAGGCUAUGUUCUGUUGAGUGAGGAUGAGAGAGAAAAAAAAUUGCGGGGAUUUUGCAAACUCGCGAUAGAGCCCGUCAAUUUUUGGUGCUGAGGAUUUCGCGACGGAAUAAUGUGCAGUGAAUGUUAGGAUAUGAGAUUCCGGCCAUGACAGUUUUAGUCGCUGAGAACUGUAAAUUUAAUAUUUCUGCAACCCUGGAAUUAAUCAAUAAUUAUAAAAAAUAACAAUGAAAAUGUAAUUUUGAUGCAAAAUCAACGACUUCAACAGAUUUGGUUAAAAAAUGUCCAUUAUUUGGUAUUAAAAACUGUUAUGCCACAAAAAUACAAAAUUUUGGUAUCCAAACAUUUAAAGUUUUGAAAUUUUUAAAUAUCAAAUUACUACCAAAAAAUGGUAGGAUACCAAUUGUUCUACAAUUAUCCUUGAGACUAUUUUUCCAAGGAUUCAUAUAUAUCAAAGUUUUAAAUGAAACAUCAUCCAUUUUAGACAUUUAACGCCUCAAAAUUCGCCUGAAGUAAAUGUUGAUGCAUGAAUUCGCUUGGAAUUUUAUGUUAUAACAAAACUGGAUUUUUUUAGAGGGCCUCGUGGCUCGGCGGUUAGUGGCUUCGGCUGCCGGUCUCUAAGUUGCUGUGGGGCGCGGGUUCAAUUCCCACCUUAUGCUCCUGGCCUUCUAUCGAAUGGGGAAACACGUCGGUCCAUUUUCGUAAAAGAGGUUUGGGUGACUCACCACACACAACCUUCAGACUGCGACUGCGACUUUUAUUCCUGUUUAGAAAUCUUGUUGAUUGUUUUUUAAGUAGGUUAUCGAAAUAAAUCAGCACUGAGCUGUUUGAUCCACUAUCUGCAAAUUUUAUUUUUAUUUGACCUAUUCAAAUGUUUAGCUAAACUUUCUAAGCUUACAAUGAAUGAAUUGAAUAAACAUUUUGGAGUGGACGAAUCUCUUCGCACUCUUGCACAAACUUGUUCCCUAGAACUAACUAAAAAAUGGAAACUUCGAUUAUCCUUAAACCUGGUAAACUGGGACUUUUUUAUUGAGCAGUAUUUUUGUUUUCCUAUCUAAACCCAAUCUUGUAAGUGAGGGAGAGUGGGGGGAGAGCAAAAUUUCACUCCAGCCUACUUUGAUACCUUUGGGUGAAGCAUCAUAAGAUUCAAAAGCCUACUAUUGUUUGCAUUUGUACAUCGAUCCAAGUCUUGGAAGCCGUGAUAGAUUGCAUUUUAGUUAAAGUUCCUAAAAACACUGUGCAAUAAGGAGCCUUGAUGUCAUAUUCUUUAUCAGUCAAAUCACCCUAAAUCAUAGGCUUAAAAUUUUCUUUCAAGAGGCAUCGCACAGCAAAACGCAAUUGGCUCUGGUUCUGGGUAACUUUGGAAAAGAAAAACAAAAGGCAUCGGAAAGCUUAGAAAAAAAAUAAUCGAGUUCACGAUCAACUUGAAGCCGUCCAGAUAAAAAAAGAGGAAAAUUUCCUAAGACAGCACGCGCACGCAGCAUCCUUCCCCGAACUCAUUCGUCGUCACUCUUGUAGAAAAAAUAUAGAGCAGAAGAAAAGUUUCAAAACUCUCGCGGCUUAUCUCCAUCCAGCUGUGGGAUGAAACAUAUCAUACACACACACACACACUCACAAACACGCCAGAGAGUCACGCACAUGUGGCAGUCCCAGUUUCACCCCCAGCUCCCCUAUUUAAGACGAGGGGGAGUGCUGGGGAGGGCCAAACUUUUCAAUCAUCAUCGUUCUAUUUACGCGUGUCAUCGUUUGCGGAACCAUGGCACGCUGCGCCACGAUCAGCAAAUUUCACUGAAACAAAAGGCAUCUUCCGAUCCUAGGUUGAACAAACGUUGUGUAACAAACGAUUUUAGGUUUUAGUUUUAAUUGCUUUACAAAGUAUGCGAAAAACAGAGGAAAUAUAUAAUCGAGAAUAAUAAAAAAAUCAAAAUAAUUUUGUGAUACAAGAAAGAAGAGAGAAACACUAAUAGCUAUUGUUCCGUUUAUUAUUAUUUUUUUUAAGAUGGCUCUUGCUGAAUAAUAAAUAAGUUGUAAUUUUUCCUAAAAUUGUGGGUUUACGUUUUUAUUUCCUUUUUCAAUUAAUUUUGUCUCAAAUAAGCGUUUGCUCAGUUUUAUACUUUCGUUUAGACUAAGUUUACACAUCUAGACAUAAAAACAAUAGUGUUUAAAAGAGGAAGCUUAACACGCAUGAAGAGAAAAUGUACAUUAAAAUUGGAAUUAAACAGUAUGCUGAAUAACUCGGUAAUUAUAUCAACACUAACGCAUGGUUCAGAACUCCAAACAGACAUAUUAAGCAAAAACAAACGACCCAAAUUCAGCUAACAUGUAUUAAACUUCCGCAGAAGCUAACUGAAAAAAGUGAAACAAAACAUCAGCAACUGAACUUAAUAUAUAUUUAUAAACAGUAUAUUAAUUUGAUAUUAGUACUGGCAACAAAAACCACGUGGGGCACCGCCCCUAACAAAAACUUACAUCCCAGCCCCAAUGUAUAGCGAAAUCGAGCGAAAAAAAAACGUCAAGAAAAACACAGGAAAAUGAACCAGUGCAAGGAAACAGGUGGAAUCGCGUAGUUAAUGAAAUUGUAUUACACACAACGGGACAGAACGGAAAGAGGAAAUUACAGCGCCAAGGCAGCCAAGGGAGAGCGGAUUGCGAAACUCGUUCAAAACCGGAAACAAACUGUGUCCCAGUUGCGGAACGAGCGCGUCGUGGCGUACCGAGUAAAUCUCGUUAUCAUUGGCGUGGCCGAAGGACAAAGUUCCGAAACAAAGUAGAUUCCCGGCGCGACCCAUGCAGCAAAAGCGUCCGAUCGAAGCUAAAGGUUGCGUGGGUUUUUGUCAGCGUGUAAAGUGCAUUUGGGUCUGAUGGCUGCGGUUGUCAGUCAGUGGCGGACAGAAAUGUCGGUCAAACUUGGUCUUGUCAACUUUGGUGGUGGCUUACUUCGAUCUGGCAUUCUGUGACCACGUCGGACGUGUUUGCGCCGAGACGGAAACACCUGUCAAUGUUGUGGGUUGUCCGGACUGGUCAAUCGUUCGCUGCGGUUUCCGUCACAGUUGGCCAGAAGCUGUGUUUGAACACAGCACUGUUUGUUAACUUUCUCAUAGCCUUCUGCACAAAUUUCACCGUCUUCUAGAACUUACCAAUUUCAGAGUCAUUUUCACUCAGUUUUGAAAAGGGUAAAACUAUUUCGUAUAAGCGUGCAUUCCGCAUGCUUUCUCGUGGCCUGCUGCAAACCGGAGACACUAAAACAAAUCUGUGCAACUUUUCCUCUUCGCCGAAAUAAAACUUUUCAACACUUGGCACAAAAAGAAGCACCCAAAUCACACACCUUUUACCGCUGCGGAGGAAUCUCUUUGGCGCCGGUGGCAUACAAAUUGAUUGAAUUAUGUUCUCCACAUUGGGCGUAAUGUUAUUACCACGUGGUGCGUUACGCAUUCCGAGAAAACUCUCCGCCACGCACACGUGCAAACUGCUCCUUUGGCGGAAGAGACAAAAAAAAUCGCGUGAAAUGGUCUGCAGGAAUCAUGGAAAGACAUGAAAAAUGUAGCUAUACGUUUAGAGAAUAUAACAAGAAACAGUAAAAUAGUGAUGGUUGGUGAGUAAAAGUAAAUUGAAUUAUAUAUAAACUCGAAAGAAUGGUAAACAAAUCGACGUAGCGAGGUGGAAGUCAUAAAUAAAACAAAACAAAACUAAUGCUUAAGUUUGUGAAAAGAUAAAAAAAAGAAGCCGUAAUCGUGUUUAAAUGUGAAUAAUUACAAUGGAAAUUGAGGAUAAACAAUUGUGUACACAAGGAGUAGUGCGUAUUAGUAUAUGUACACACUUUAGCGAUAUAAAUUUUCUGUUGAACGAUCAUCUUAUAUCAAGAGAAACACAAAUGGACAAAGAAAAUUAAGCUUAUAUAAGAGGCAGCCUAAGGUAAAUAUAAAAAAAACAGGAAAAAGAUAAAAACAAACAUAGUGCAGAACAAUUGAAAUCCAAAGGAUUUUUCCAUUACUAAAACAAACUGCUGCUUUAACAACAUUUCUAACAUCAAGAACAAGCGAAAAAUCGUGAAAACACAACUUUUUAUCACUCUACGAAGAAGCAGCAUAACAGUCUUAAAGAUACAGAAACCGAUUUAAACUUUUUGUUUUACCGAGAAUACCACAUUUCCCAUUAUUGCUUCCACGAAUCAUUCUUUCCUUCGGCAGCAAACUUCAAUUAAUGCUUUUACGCAAACUGUUUCCCUCCAAAUUGAGUUGAGAGUGACUAAUAAAUCAAUUGCUUCGUUCGCGGAACACUCACACACAUGAAGUACACAAAAGUUGAGAUAAAAACCAUUUCACAGGUGAAAAAACACGUGGACAAAAAGGGCGCUCGCGCCUGUCGUCAUCCAGUGCGGAAUUUGAUUGAUUAAUGGCGAUGUAGAACAAUGUACGCAUACAAAAAAACACACACACAAACACAAAAACACACCAGUUGUAGGGCUAAUAAACAAGAACGUAUAUAAAUACAGUGCAUAUACAGACUAUUUUCAGUUCUUUGCUUCGAUUUUCCGUGGAAGAAUGGGAGGAAAAUAAGCAUAAACUUUAGAAGCAAAACCGGUCCUUGUAAAACAUUCUGUCACCUACCUUUUAUUUUGAUGAAUAAAGUUUAAUUAAAAAAAA